AUGGUCAAAGAGAAACUACUUGUCACAGUGACUGGUGGUAAACAUUUGAAGAAGAAGAAGACAUGGAUACUUGUCAAGUUCAAAUUACACAAUAACAAGUAUAAGACCAAGUAUGUCAAUGGAGGUGACCUGGUCGAAUUCCAAAAAGAGACAUUCAUAUUUGAGGUGAAUGAGGAUGUAUAUCCAGCAGGUGAUUUGGAGGUCAAGGCCAAGACAUGGGAGAUGUUCAAGAGUGGUGAGGUGUUUGCAUCGGCAGUGGUACCUUUGGCACCAAUAACAUCAGAGAUCAGAACAAACAAUAAUAGCGAGUUUACAGAGUUGACUGAUAGUGGAGCAUCCAGAUCAUCAUCAUCUGGAUUCUCAUCAGUCCAAAGACGAAUCCAACUUCGUCCCAAGAAAGGCGAUGACAACACUGGAGAGCUAACAAUCUCAUUCGAGUUGGUACCCGAGUCCGACACAACUACAAUGAAAUCGAUUCCAUUGUUGUUCAGAUGGUUUCCAGACCUGCCUCAUAGUGAGACAGUCAUCUCUGAGUGCUACUGCACCAAACAAUCGCGCAAGAAGACACUUAGCAUGUCACACAAUGGCACCCUGUACAUUACCCAAAGCUAUCUAUGCUUUAGAAGUCCAUCCCAUCUGGCAAAGAACAAGAAGGUACUGAUCAGUAAUAUGGUUGAUUGA